AUGACACUCAUUUCGACAGUUAUGAACUCAGAUAAGAAGAUAUCAGACUUCAUCAAUCUUGAUAAACCUGAUAUCUUCUCUGAACUAGAAGAACCUCUGAAACCUGAGUGUUCAGAAGAAGUCACCAUGAAGGCCAAGAUAGUAUAUGACAUCAAGGUCACUGCAUGGAAAAUCAAAUAUAUGAAAUAUAAGAAAUUGAAUGAAGGUAUGACAAAGAUAUGA